AUUCCCAGACAGAAUUUUAAAAUCUGACAAACAUGUAUGUUUAGGACAUACACAAGCAGAAUAAAAAGUGAAAUAGUGUAUGGAUGGUGAAAUACUUAAUAUAAGGGUCAACUGCAUUUGGAGGGUGGGUUGGGAAUUAUUUGGAGAAAAGGGAAGAAUGGUUUUAUUCACACUGGACUUGGGCCUGCUAUUUUCUGAGGAAUUAAGCAUGGGAACAGUCUAGAUCCUAUUCCCAUAUUGACUAUUCAGAAGCUGCAGGGUACCUAGACAAAUGUACUAAAUGGUGAAGAAUUGAUAAUAUGUGGUUUUGGCCUUGGACCGGGAGUACCCAGAUUCUAGACUUAGAAUAUCUCAUUACACUGUUCUCAGUUUUAUCACCUCGAUCAUUUUAGACAAUGAAAUUAGCUUGGAUUUGCCUCUACAACUUGAGCUUCAGAUGAGAGUAAUUUGGGGAACAUUUUCUCUAAGGGGGUAAACCAGGGUACCUUUGGACAGGAAAUGACCAAUGACACUUUGUAAGCCCAUUCACCUGGCCACAAGUGGUAAGUGAGAAAACCAAUAGUGGACACAAAAAUCUGGAGAGAAUUAGGGAGACUCUUGAGUGUGGAGGCAGCAGUUGGUGGGGCAUGUAGCACACAAGUAAGGACAGCAGGUGGCACUAUUUAUUAGUGUUACAUUGGCUGCUACCCCCUUGGAGGUAAAAGUAGCAAGAAAUUUAAAGAACCAACUCCCCAUUUAAUACUCUUGGUGGCUGACCCUUGCUUCUUUCCUUCAGAUUUGAGAAGUAAAUGUGAAAAUGCCAUUUUGUGUGUAGUGGAAGGGUAGGAAACCUCAUGCCAUCUAGGUGCCUUUCCUGAUUUUUGUUUCAACUUGUGAUCUUUGCAGAUCUCAUUUUUAAGUACAUGGCUACCAUACACACAAGCGCAUACCUCUGCCAAAUGGCUAUACAAGGAAUGGGUUUAGGGGUCCUAAUCCUUUUGCUGACAUGUCAUCUCCCCCAGGGGUUCCAAAGAUUUGGAUAGGGUGAGACAUAUCCGUGUACGGGUUCUCUGGGGCCCAAGUCUUUUGGCUCACAUUAACCUUUCCAUAGGUAAUUUCUUGAAGUAGCAAUGAGGCCAAAAGGCUUCUAGGAAAUAAACUCAGGUUGAGACACCUAUGGAAUAAUAUGAGUGUUUCUGUGCGCGCGCCACUCCGCACCCCCAGGAUGAGCUCGAAAAAAAUAUAUCACUAAAUAUAGUGCCAACAAGCUUGACAGUGACCUCGCCAAAGCAACAGUACUAGGGAAAAGGAGCAAGUCUUGACAUGAACAAAUAAAAGAUCUGGAGCAAGAAAGUCUGUUAACUCCAGGUGGGAGAGCGUGGUGAGACAUUGGAGCCUAAAGGAAACAUGUUAUUUCACAGGCAAAUUCACUUGUCUCUCCCUUCCCUCGCACACCUGAAGCUCAGUUCAUGGCUGUCAUCUCCCGCCCCCUUUUCGAUCAUGGCCAAUCAGGUUGCCCAGUUCAAAACACUUCUUAGCGAUCUUAAGAGCUAUUCAGGAGUCAUUUGCACGCAGGUCUACGCGCCGGGAAGGCGGUGAGCAGAAACGAUUCUAACCGCUUUAAAUCCCAGCACUUGGGGUCGAUGGGAGCAGACCCUUAAAGCUGUACCUCAAUCUUGUAAUUUUGAGCAAGGAGUUGGUUUUGGCUAAGGUCUCUCGGGCCUCUCAAAUGCCAACCGCAGCACCAUGGGGGCGUGGUUAAUGUCUUGUUGGGACUCAGGGAAGUGCUGUUCUCUGGAGGACGAGGCCUGAUAAUACCAUAAAAGGCUGGUUGUCUCACUUCUGAAGGCACGUUCGUUGACCUUCCUUUAGGAGCGAUACCCGCGAUUGCCCUGUGCGGAACCCUUAGUUCUCGAGUCUUGUCACUGCUUCCUAGCUUCAUUGGCUCCGCCUCCAUAAGCCUUACUGGUCCACUCUCAGAACGCCCUCCUGGAUACAGACCGCACCCCCUCGCCUCGACUCCGCCUCACCAGCCCGUAGCUUGGCCCAGGCGGUAGUUCGCGUUUUGAGCCGUUCGUGCCACCAUAGCUGCUGCUGCUGCUGCCGCCGCGGAGCUGAAAUCGCCGAGCGCGAUGCCUGAGGGCGCUGUGAGCGGGGUGGCCCCCGCGCCCUGGGGCUGGUGAGGCUGGGCCCGAGCGGGGGCGCUGGCGAGUAGCUGGGGCUGCUGAGGGAAGUGAAAGAGAAGGGUCCAGUCUCCUGCGGAGGGCCAAGGGUCGGGGUGGGGGAGGGAGGCUCCCGUGGCAGAACCGGUUGCCGGGCCACAGCGAGCCCCGCCGCGCCGAGUGUCCCCACGGCCGCCAGCUCAGGUGUCCAAAGCCCCCGGCGGGACUCCUCAGUGGCCUAGGCGGCCUCCUUCUUUAGACACCGCAGUUGCCAUGGGAACAGUUGGGCAUUAACGGGGACCAGACCAACCACUAGCCCUGCUAGGGCCAAUCCCAUCCCUCCGGCUAAACGCCUUUGGCAGGCGUGGGCCUGGCAUUUCUUCGCAGCUCAGGCUUCCCCCUCCCCCCCCCCCCCCCACCUUUUUCAUGGGUUUGUCCUUCAGAUGUAACAAACAGCGCGGUGCUAGAAGGCAGGUAUGAGAAAGAGGGAGAGGGUAAUACCUAAAGAUAAUAGCUGCAGACACGACUAGGCAGAAGGUAAGGUGGCCUCUGCCAUCUCAGGUCAGUGGGAGGGCAUACUGGAAGGACCUGUGGAAUGGGAAGGCAGUGCUGCUUUUGAGACAAGUCCCAAGAUUGGGCCAGGAACUGUCCCCUGGGGCUCCUCAUCAUGAUGGCUGUGGAAGGGUCAACCAUUACCAGCCGGAUCAAGAACCUACUUCGAUCCCCAUCCAUCAAAUUACGCAGGAGUAAGGCAGGAAACCGGCGAGAAGACCUCAGCUCCAAGGUGACCUUGGAGAAGGUGCUUGGAAUAACAGUGUCUGGAGGCAGAGGACUUGCCUGCGAUCCCCGAUCCGGUUUAGUUGCCUACCCAGCUGGGUGUGUGGUCGUGCUGUUCAAUCCCCGGAAACACAAACAGCACCACAUCCUCAACAGUUCCAGGAAAACCAUCACUGCCCUGGCCUUCUCUCCUGAUGGCAAGUACCUGGUCACUGGAGAGAGUGGGCACAUGCCUGCCGUCCGGGUUUGGGACGUGGCUGAGCAUAGCCAGGUGGCGGAGCUGCAGGAGCAUAAAUAUGGCGUGGCUUGUGUGGCCUUCUCCCCUAGCGCCAAGUACAUUGUCUCCGUGGGCUACCAGCAUGACAUGAUUGUCAAUGUCUGGGCCUGGAAGAAAAACAUUGUGGUGGCCUCCAAUAAGGUGUCCAGUCGGGUGACAGCAGUGUCCUUCUCUGAAGAUUGCAGCUACUUUGUCACUGCAGGCAACCGGCACAUCAAAUUCUGGUACCUCGAUGACAGUAAGACCUCAAAGGUGAACGCCACUGUGCCCCUGCUGGGCCGCUCAGGGCUGCUGGGGGAGCUGCGAAACAACCUGUUCACUGAUGUGGCCUGUGGCCGAGGGAAGAAGGCCGACAGCACCUUUUGCAUCACGUCCUCAGGGCUGCUGUGCGAGUUCAGCGAUCGGAGGCUUUUGGAUAAGUGGGUGGAGCUGAGAAAUACAGACAGCUUCACAACUACUGUGGCCCACUGCAUCUCUGUGAGCCAAGACUACAUCUUCUGUGGCUGUGCUGAUGGCACCGUGCGCCUCUUCAACCCCUCUAACCUGCACUUUCUCAGCACGCUGCCCCGGCCCCACGCCCUGGGGACAGACAUUGCCAGCGUCACUGAGGCCAGUCGCCUCUUCUCUGGAGUGGCCAAUGCCAGGUAUCCAGACACCAUUGCCUUGACUUUUGAUCCUACUAAUCAGUGGCUGUCUUGUGUAUACAACGACCACAGCAUUUAUGUUUGGGAUGUGAGGGACCCCAAGAAAGUGGGCAAGGUGUACUCAGCUCUGUAUCAUUCCUCCUGCGUCUGGAGUGUGGAGGUCUACCCUGAAGUGAAGGACAGUAACCAGGCCUGCCUGCCCCCAAGUUCCUUUAUCACCUGUUCCUCAGACAAUACCAUCCGCCUGUGGAACACAGAGAGCUCCGGGGUACACGGCUCCACCCUGCACCGAAACAUCCUCAGCAAUGACCUCAUUAAGAUCAUCUAUGUGGAUGGGAACACUCAGGCCCUGCUGGACACCGAGCUACCCGGAGGAGACAAAGCUGAUGGGUCCCUGAUGGAUCCCCGUGUGGGCAUCCGCUCUGUGUGUAUCAGCCCCAACGGACAGCAUCUAGCUUCUGGGGACCGUGUAGGCACGCUCAGAGUGCACGAGCUGCAGUCCCUGAGUGAGAUGCUAAAGGUGGAGGCCCAUGACUCAGAAAUUCUAUGCCUGGAGUACUCUAAGCCAGACACAGGUCUGAAGCUGUUGGCGUCAGCGAGCCGGGAUCGGCUCAUCCAUGUGCUAGAUGCUGGCCGUGAAUAUAGCCUGCAGCAGACGUUGGACGAGCACUCAUCCUCCAUCACUGCUGUCAAGUUUGCAGCCAGCGAUGGGCAAGUCCGCAUGAUCAGCUGUGGAGCAGACAAGAGCAUCUACUUCCGAACUGCACAGAAGUCCGGAGAUGGAGUACAGUUUACACGGACGCACCACGUGGUACGGAAGACGACCCUCUAUGAUAUGGAUGUGGAGCCCAGCUGGAAGUACACGGCCAUCGGCUGCCAGGACCGAAAUAUUCGGAUCUUCAACAUCAGCAGUGGGAAGCAGAAGAAGCUGUUUAAAGGAUCACAGGGUGAGGACGGCACUCUCAUUAAGGUGCAGACAGACCCCUCAGGGAUCUAUAUCGCCACCAGCUGUUCUGACAAGAACCUCUCCAUUUUUGACUUCUCCUCAGGCGAGUGUGUGGCCACCAUGUUUGGCCACUCAGAGAUUGUCACUGGCAUGAAGUUUAGUAAUGACUGCAAACAUCUCAUCUCUGUGUCAGGGGACAGCUGUAUAUUUGUGUGGCGCCUGAGCUCUGAGAUGACCAUCAGCAUGAGGCAGCGUCUGGCCGAGCUGCGCCAGCGUCAGCGAGGGGGCAAGCCACAAGGACCAUCUUCUCCCCAAAGGGCUGCGGGUCCUAACCGGCAUGAGGCCCCAUCGAUGCUGUCUCCUGGACCAGCUCUGUCAUCAGACAGUGACAAGGAGGGAGAAGAUGAAGGCACUGAAGAAGAAGAACUGCCAGCUCUGCCUAUCCUUGCCAAGGGUACCAAGAAAGAGCCAGCCUCAGUGCCUGGCCCAGUCCUGCCCCGAAGCCUGUCCCACUGGGAGAUGAGUCGGGCACAGGAGACGGUGGAGUUCCUGGCCCCAGCUCCUGUGGCCAAUCAAGGACCCAGAAGAAGGAGCCGCUGGGCUCAGCCAGGCGUCGAGCUGAGUGUCCGCUCCAUGCUGGACCUGCGGCAGCUGGAGACACUGGCCCCAAGCCCUCGAGACCCUAGCCAAGACUUGCUGGCCAUGACCCCGUCUUGCCCUGGGAAACAUGGUCAGCAGGUCCCUCCUGAGACCUCACAUGCUAGCCAGAACAAAAAGCCCCCUCGGCAUCAGGCUUCCCAACCCUGUUCCUGCCCCCACAUUAUUCGAUUGUUGUCCCAAGAGGAAGGGGUCUUUGCCCAAGAUCUGGAGCCUGCACCCAUCGAAGAUGGUAUUGUCUACCCGGAGCCGAGUGACAGUCCCACCCUGGAUACCAGUGAGUUCCAGGUGCAGGCUCCAGCCCGAGGGACCCUGGGAAGAGUGUAUCCAGGCAGCAGGGCUUCCGAGAAGCACAGCCCUGACAGUGCCUGCUCUGUGGAUUAUAGUAGCAGCCGCCUUUCCAGCCCUGAGCACCCCAACGAAGACUCUGAGAGCACGGAGCCCCUGAGUGUGGAUGGCAUUUCCUCAGACCUUGAAGAGCCAGCCGAGGGUGAUGAGGAAGAGGAGGAAGAAGAGGGAGGCACUGGCUCCUAUGGGCUACAGGAAGGCAGUCCCCAUACUCCAGACCAGGAGCAGUUUCUAAAACAGCACUUUGAGACUCUGGCCAAUGGGGCUGCUCCAGGGGGCCCAGUCCGGGUACCAGAGAGGACAGAGUCUCGGAGCAUCUCUUCACGAUUCCUGUUGCAAGUGCAGACCCCCCCACACAGGGAACUGUCUCCAUCUUCCUCAAGCCUGGCGCUGCCAUCGAGACCAGUCCAGAUGCUGCAGGCUUCGGGUGAGCAGCUGAGAGGCAGUGGUGCCAGUCCUCCAGGAGCACCCCCAGAGGCAGAGCCCUCCCCUGGAAAUGGUGGCCCCCAGCAAGCAGUUCCUGUGCUUUUGCCACGACGCCGUCUCAACCCGGAUAGCAGCUGGUCUCCCAAGAGAGUGACUGCAGCCAGCCCCUUGGGUGGACUCCAGAAAGCCCAGUCUGUGCAGAGCCUGGUGCCACAAGAUGAGGCCCCUCCACCAGGUCCAUUGCUCUUACGGGAGAUGGAAGCCCACGCGGGCCUGCGCUCCCUGCCACAGGCUGAUGGCCGUCUUUCUCAGCCUCACUCCUACCAGAACCCCACCACCAGUUCCAUGGCCAAGAUCUCCCGCAGCAUCUCUGUUGGGGAGAACUUGGGGCUGGCGGCCGAACCUCAAGCUCCUGCUCCCAUUAGAGUCUCACCGCUCAGCAAGCUAGCCCUGCCCAGCCGGGCUCACCUGGUCCUGGACAUUCCAAAGCCACUGCCUGAUCGUCCUACCCUGGCCACAUUCUCACCUGUUACCAAGGGCCGGGCCCCUGGUGAGGUGGACUGGCCUGGCUCCCCAGCAGGCCUGGGAAAGGCUCACAGUACAUCUGAGAGGCGGGCCUGUUUGGGGGAGGGUGCCCCUCCCAAGCCUAGGACAGAGUGCCAGGCUCAGCCUGGGCCCAACAGCCCCUGUGGCCAGCAACUGCCGGUCAGUCCCCUCUUCCGAGGCCCUGAGAACUUGCAGUCCCCAACCCCUGAGAAGACUCCCAGCCCCAUGGAAUGCACCAGGCCAGGGGCAGCCCUGAGCCAGGACUCAGAACCAGCAGUGAGCCUGGAGCAGUGCGAACAACUUGUGGCAGAGCUCCAGGGCAAUGUACGCCAGGCUGUGCGGCUCUACCACUUGGUGGCUGGCUGCAAGACGCCCUCAGCAGAGCAAAGUCGCAUCACCCAGCUCCUCAGAAACACCUUCUCUUCAGUGAGGCAGGAGCUAGAGGCCCUGGCUGGCGCAGUGCUGUGCAGCCCGGGUGGGAGCCCUGGGGCUGUGGGGGCUGAGCAAACACAGGCCCUGCUAGAGCAAUACUCAGAGCUGCUGCUUCGGGCUGUGGAGCGGCGCAUGGAACGCAGACUCUAGUUCCAGAAUCGUAUUCCAAGUGAAUGCUUCCCUUAUUCCAAACUGUAGCCCCUGCUCCACUCUCCAAAACCUGUGGGGAUGCUUGGAGUGGAUCGCAGGGAUCAGUGCUCAGAGGGAAAGCAGUUUUCCCAGCUACUCCUCAUGGGGCCCCUGUAUUUAUUAAUUUAUUUCCCUGUCGCCUCACUUUCUUGGAACCCCUGCCUCCACAGCCCCUUCAGUGGCUCAUGCAGGGUAGGUCUUAGAUCUUUGUCAUCUUGGUGCUGUGAGGAGUAGGAGGGCAGCCUGCCCCAUCUGGGGGAAAUCGGGAAGGGCUGGCCCUCUCUUCUUAGAAGCCAUUUGAAAUUACUGCAGGGAUCAGCUCCCUGGGGUGGAGCACACACAGGGUAUUUGGUGGGGUGGAAGUGAGAGGCCACGUGGCAUUCAGUGCCCUUCAGCCAACAGCGGAGCUUCACAUCUACCUCCACUUCCCUUCCCACACCAGCUGUACUCCCCUGGCUGCCAGAGUAGGGGGUUAUGUUUUCCCCACUUCCUGGCAGUUGUGUAGGGCAGAGCCCUCUAGUCCUCCAGGGCGUUCCUAGCCAUCAGGAGGCUUGAGUUGGUGUCAAGGCCUGAACCCCCACAUUCCACUCCCAUCCCCCCUCUAAGAGAGCCCUAGCAUUAUCUCUCUCCCUGUGCCCCCUUUCUCUUCUGGCCAGAACUUGUGGAGACAGCUGUGGGAUGUUGCUGCGGGACAGUAAAGCCCUCUGCUGGGCAAACAUAAAGCCCUGGCCUCCUCUUCUUAGCCCCUUGGUUUUCCCUAUCCUCCCAACCCUUGUCCCCAGCAGGCUCCUAGACCCAGAGGCCACUUUCUCCUUGCAUCCUGAGUGAUGCCCAGUCAGAAGCCUGUGUUAGAACUUCUCUCAUGGUUUACAGGGCACCAGCCCACCUUCUAAGGACCUUAGCCACAGAACUGUACACACAAACACACACACACAUACACACACACACACACACACACACACAAGUUGAGUGUUUAUCGCUAGAGUACUUGGCUGGCUGAUGUGUGCCUGGUUUCCCUUUGUGUACUACUCCUGCUUCACCACCCUGGCUCAUAUGGAACUAUCAAGGAGCACAAAAAGGACUGGAAUGUAGUAACCUGAAUUCUGGAUUCUUGGUGUCCACAACCUAGCUGAUGUGAGAUGGCUUGUUGGUUCCUGGUUCAGGUGGAAGGAGCCUCCUCAAACGCAGUGCUGGGCGCCCAAGAUGCUCUGGAUGCUGGAAGUUGAGGGGAGGGGGAGGCACAUGGGAGUGCAGAAGGGGCCAAGAGACACAUUGGAAAGGUGGUAGGUGGGACAGGUACGUAGUAGAGUGCAGGGGGUAGAUUAGAAUUAGAAGGGCAGUUGUUAGGGGUGAGGGGAAGGAGAUAGGGUACAGUGGGCUAAGGUAGAGUAGGACCAAGUAGUGAAGCAGUGGUUGAGGAAUUGGGGUGAAGAACACGUGUCUCUGGGCCCUGCUGCUUCCCUCUGCCUCAGGUAAGUCAGUGUAGCUUUCCUGAAGCUCCAGGCCACAACAACCUAUUCUCCCAGGGACAGGCCCUGGGACCCUGCUGGGUCAAUAGGCAGCAACUUAGUUUUUGUAGUUUUUGUGGUUUUUGUAGAGUGCCCCGCUCUUGUUUGCAUCAGUGCACCAGAACAGAUGAAACCUAGUUCACUACCCCACCCCCCCUUCUGUACUACUACCACCUGCAUGACCACACUGCAAAGAAGUCCUGGCCCCAAGAACCCCUGCAGCUGAGGGUGGACCCUGGCAGGGCUGCAGCUGCCCUUGUGAGGGUUAGAAGUCUACUACCACUCCCCCAACCGGCACAACAGCCACAGAUCAGCCCCAAGAGGGCUCAGGCCAGGCCCUCUAGUCUGGGCUCUUGGAGAUCCUCAGCCAACCAGUCCUUCAGAGGAGGGAGCUAACACUAUCGCUAAGGUUUGUGAGAAGGUGGCCGCCCUUUCCCUACCUCAGCUGAGCGCUUAGGUGGGAGAGGGGGUCUUGUGGCCGCCGGCGCCCGUCCCCUUCUGCAUGUCUGAGGCCACCGGCAACUGCCCCCCCCCCCCCCCCCCCCCGCCCCGAACAGAUUUGCCCUGACCCAGUUUUGAAAACCUCCUUAUUUAUAACUUUUAUACUUUGUUCAGGCCAUGGGCGCUUCCCUCCUCCCGAGGUCUCACGGGGCAGGGGCCGUUUUUAACUCGUCCAUUUGUAUUGAUGUAUGAACUCAUCAAUAAACACAAUCAUUUGUUAAA